AUGACAGCAACUGAUCCGAAUCCCGACCUUUUCCUAUCGUCGCUCGAAGGCCGCCCUUCAAAGCCCCCGAUAGUCCAAAUGCAAUAUGCUCAAUCAAUUCCUGGAAAUAGCCAUGAAACAUCUACUCAUGAGGCUGCUGACACGAGUAGCAAUGCCCCUGGUGCAAGCAAGCUUCAAUUCUGGGUUGAUCGUAAAGUCACGUUAGCCUUUUUCCCGCUGUGCCUAUUGACUCUGAUGGUUGCGCUUGAAGCUGCCUCUCUCUCAAUAGCACUUCCAGUUGUCACUGAGGAAUUAGGUGGAUCGGCCAUUGAGGCCUUCUGGAGCGGAACCUCCUUUUUGAUCUUUACAUCUCUAUCAACUGCAUUUGGUCGCCAACUGUUGAUUAUCAUUGCUGUCAUCUUUUUCCUCGUGGGAACUAUUGUGUCUGGAGUGGCGACAAACUUCACACAGAUGUUGGUGGGCCGUUCCAUCCAGGGAACUGGCGGGGGUGGCAUUAUCGCUCUCAGUGAGGUAUCUGUCACUGACAUGGUUCCCUUCCGUCUGCGAGGUGCAUAUUGGGGAGUUCUGGGGUCAAUGUGGAGCAUCGGAUCUGUUAUAGGCCCUAUCAUGGGAGGUGGUUUCUCAACGAAUUCGGACUGGAGAUGGAUAUUCUAUAUCAAUAUUCCGUUUGCUGCUCUUGCAAUUCCCCUGAUAGUUGUAUACCUGAAAAUCAAGACAAAGAGGACGACGAGGCGCGAGAAGCUGAGGAAUUUUGAUACGGUCGGAUUAGUCCUCUUCGUCUGCAGCACUGCAUCCUUCCUGAUUGCCCUGAGCUGGGGCGGGGUGAUGUAUGCCUGGUACUCUUGGAGGGUGCUAUUGCCUUUGAUCAUUGGGACUAUUGGCAUGAUUGGGGUGAUGGUCUACGAGACCCAUAUCCCCAAAGACCCGAUCUUGCAAGUGUCAGGGAUCGAUAACCACUCUUUGUUAAUCAGUUAUAUUGGCACGGUGUUGCAAGGGCUUACGCUUUGGUGUAUCCUGUAUUACCUUCCCCUCUAUGGAGAAGCAGUACACGGAUUCAAGCCCCUUCCCGCUGGAGUUGCAGCUCUACCACUUGCGUUUGCCAUUGCUCCGAGCGCUUGCGCGUCAGGGAUUAUUGCGGUGCUAUCGGGACGCUACCGCAUUCUCAUCUGGAUCGGUUGGACUGUCGCUACGCUAGGCUUCGGUAUCCUCUGCUACUUUGAUCGAACAACGAAGGGAGCUAUUUGGAUCUCUCUGAUCGCAAUCCCAGGCUUGGGUCUGGGUGCGCUUGUGACAAGCAUCGCGUAUGCUAUUCAGGCUUGCUCGGAGACUCGCCAUUUAGCCACCGCAACUGCGCUCUUCAGCUUCUUCCGUGCAUUUGGCCAGUCACUCGGUGUAGCCAUUGGCGGCGUGAUCUUUCAGAAUCGUAUGGAGGCCAACUUGCAAAAGUACCCGGCCUUGGCACCCAUGGCAAAGAAGAUAAGCCAUAAUGCCGUCGCAUUGGUGGGAAAGAUGCAGACCGCACCACCAUCGCAGAACAAGGAUGAUCUCCGCCAAGCGUACACAGACAGUCUACGGGCUGUCUGGGUUUUCUGCGGCGUCUGUACAGCGGUCGGGGGUCUUCUGAGUCUUUUGACGAAGGAGUAUAGUAUUGACCAAAACCAUGAUACGGACCAAGGGCUCGAGGAAUAA